CCGCCUUGAAGUCUGAGGCACAGACACAAUAUUAUCGUUGUUUCUUGCAACACAUCAAAGCCUCUCAACUAGUCAAGGACAUAAAGAGGCCGAUGUUAGUAAGAUUAGCUGAGCUCACCUGUCAAGUAAACAAGCCAGCCGACUCCGACGGUCAAAGUUGAUGUCACUUCAGUGAAGGGACCAGGCUUGUCCUGUGGGGUCACCUGCAGUUAUGAAUGUGAACAAUGAUGUGGAAAAGCUUUUAAAUGGUGAAGGACUAGAAGUGAACGACGAGUUCGAUUCGGCACCCGCAGAGGUCCAAGCAGUUGCCUUGAGGAAAACGAUAACCUACAUCGUCAGCGCUGUCAUCUUCAAUGAAAAGAAUGAGGUGCUCAUGGUGCAGGAGGCCAAGGAGAAUUGCUACAAACAGUGGUACCUUCCAGCUGGCCGUAUGGAAGAGGGAGAGAGCAUUGUGGAGGCCAUGAGAAGGGAAGUGAAGGAAGAGGCUGGAUUUGACUGCAAACCCAUCACCCUGGUUCUGGUCCAAGAACAGGGGCCACAGUGGAUCCGAUUUGUUUUCUUGGCGGAGAUUACAGGAGGCUCCCUGAAGACGACGGCAGAGGCUGAUGGAGAGUCUCUCCAGGCUCAGUGGUGGGACCAAGACUCCCCACUCACCUUGAGGGGUCGUGACAUCCUCAGACUCAUCGAUACCGCCCUGAAAUACAGAAAGAAGCCCUGGCAUCCUGUGGCUCACCCUAUAGACAUGUGCUGCCAUGUUGUUGUACAGCGACUUCUCCUCACCUUCAGCAGCUCUGAUGGGGUGCUUUGGCUCCUUUUGGGCAACAUUAAGGACCUGCACCUCCCUGUGGCCGUGUCUGUGAAAACCCACACAGUCACAUGGGCGGCCAACAAAUUGGUACAAGAGGCCAUGCCCUCCUCCUACUACGACCUCAACGUCAACACAAGGGGAAUCCUGGGACUACAGCACAAUGGAAGGGUCCCUGGGAAGACAGAUGGACUCUGCUUCAACACAGUGGUGUCUUUAGAACACACUGGGGAGGGGCCACACACCAGUCAACCACCACUGAUCGAGAGCCCUCGCUUUCAGUGGUACAAAGUGGAGAAUCCUCAGCUAAGAGACCAGAUUCAACAGAGAAUAACUACUGGGUCCUUCCUUCCAGUGCAUAGUCUCUACUAAGGAGGGGGUGAAAUGACAUUCCAAAAACAAUACACUUUUUACUUGAAGAUGAUUUUGGGAAUGCAUUAGGAAUGUGUGGGGCAAGUACCUGUCUAUGAGUGGCCAAAAGACAUAUGUACCUUUGAGAGCAGACAUUACAAUGUUUAUCAAUUUGUACAUUUGUCAAACACUAAUCCAGAGCGACUGACAGUCAGAAAAUGUACUCUUUGUACUGGUCCCCCAUGGGAAUCGACCCACAACCCUGGCGUUGCAAGCGCCAUGCUCUACCAACAGCCACACAGGACCACCAUUCCAAAAACUGCUGGAAAAGAUUGCAAAAAAACUUUUCAGAAAUAAUUUGGGAAAAAUGGACUGCAAUACCCUUUUGAUCAAAUGUUCAAUCAAGUCUGCUAUUAUUCAAAAACUACAUUUAGCUACCAAACAUGAUCUAGCUUCAUGAUAUGAUCCAUUUUAGAUAAUCCGCAUGAAAUCUAAUACCCAUGGAAGAAAAAUCGAUUUACUGUUAUGAAAGCAUGACAUAGGUUGAUUCAGCAAUAUGAUGUUAUGGCACGCACAGGGUGACUUCUAACAGUACAAAGCAAAAAUAAUCUCUUCAGCUAUCACAUUGUAGGAGAGGGACGCAAACUUCAAWGCAGAUACUCUCAGCAUUAUAUUUGGUUGCACUACUGCUCAUGUCGCUGAGUCUGUUUAAAAUACAGAAAACCAACUCUUAGUAAGCUAAAUACUUUGAGGCUCAUCUCAAUCAAAUCUCAAUUGUUAAGUUGCAUGAUCAUACUUUAGAAAGGAUUGUACAGAGACUGAUGUUUAAAACAAUGUAUUAAGACCGAUGUGUAUAGUGACCCUGGUCCACAUAAGACAUCACCUCAACACAGAAAUAAAAUGUGAAAA